AAAUUUAUCAGUUGAAUAUCAGAAACGACAAUCAACAAUGGCCCGUACCAAGCAGACAGCACGUAAAUCUACCGGAGGAAAGGCUCCUCGCAAGCAGCUGGCCACCAAGGCAGCUCGCAAGUCCGCCCCAGCCACAGGCGGAGUCAAGAAGCCCCAUCGUUACAGGCCUGGAACCGUCGCUCUCCGUGAGAUCCGUCGCUACCAGAAGAGCACCGAGCUUCUCAUCCGCAAGCUCCCCUUCCAGCGUCUGGUCCGUGAGAUCGCUCAGGACUUCAAGACCGAGCUCCGAUUCCAGAGCUCUGCCGUCAUGGCUCUUCAGGAGGCUAGCGAAGCCUACUUGGUCGGUCUUUUCGAGGACACCAACCUGUGCGCCAUCCACGCCAAGCGUGUCACCAUCAUGCCCAAGGACAUCCAGCUGGCCCGCCGUAUCCGUGGCGAACGUGCUUAAAUAUAUUGUCUUCUUGUGACGAUAUCAAACGGCUCUUUUUAGAGCCACCACAUAACCAAGAAAGAAUCAGUUUUGUACUCGCAACCCACCCCACUGCUGUCUCUCUUUUUUUCCUUCUUUAUAUCUCAAUAUAAUAUUGAGAUAAUGUCAUGUUAACCUGUCUUCGAAUAAUAUAAACGUGGUGUAUUUAACAAUCUUUGAUUUUUACACAACCAAUUAGCAAUGUUGAAUGUUCCAUUUUAAGCAAAUUUUAAUUUGAGUUCCCAAAAUAAACAUCUAGAAUUAGAUCCACGAAUCUUAUGUAAAAACACUUUGGCCCUCUAGAACUUAAAUCUUUUCGAGAGAUAACGAAAUAUUUGGAACACGAAAUCCUGCACUUCGGGCAUUUACAUUGGAGGGUUUUCCAUUAAUGAUAAUACAACAUGAUCGUAUACAAUUCUUACUAAAACGUAAGCCCUUAUCUUAUACCAUGGACCCUACUACCAAUCUAUGCUAUAACAGAGCAAAGGGUUGACGCCCCUGCUCAUUGAGAGACAAUGCAAUAUCGAUCCACUUCACAAUACCGCCAAAAAUAAGAAA